UAUUUUCAGUAGCAAGACCUACAAAUUAUACCUUAAAAUAUAGCAAACAAAAAGAGAAAAGAGCAUUUGUUAUACUUUAUAUUUUUGGUGAUUAUUUUAAUUUCUUUUGCAAGAUGAAGGAAUACAGCGAGAUCAUAUUCGUGGAUCAGCUGAAACAUUUUCGAGUUGUGGCCAGUCAGAUUCAGAAAACUCGUAACGAUUGGCAGAUUUACAGCUCUUGGUUUUCGGAUGCCCAGAAAGAGAACUACUCCCAGUUGGCGUCUGUAUAUGCUGAGAGUUUGGAAAAGUACGGAGAUGAAAAGUUUGGGUACUACGCGAAAAGGAUUCGUCUGCGCCCGGAGUUUACCAGCAAAACUAGAGCUGAUACGAAACAUGAAGAUCGAGAGGCGAAAAUUUCGAUGGCACAUCUAAAGGGAUACAAGUUUUCAGUAACUUCCAAUGGCGAAUAUGGAAGUGUGCGUCCAUCAGAAUUAUUUUACUGUUUCUAAAUUAGUUACCAGUUGCGUUUUAAUUAAUUUAGUCAAAAGACAAUAUCCAAAAAUAUUAAAUUCCUUAACAAGACAUUUUUUACGAGGGAAA